AUGCAUGGCUACCAUAAUCUUAUUCCAAGAAUCUCAGAAUGCCACAAAAUAGCAGCAAUGUCUCACAACAUCUCUAUGACGACACUGAGGGACAACCACGUGUUCCAGAAUAAAAAGAAUCCAGCUAGAAUACCUGAAGAAGAACACGGAAGGUGUUCAGAAAACGUUUGUGCUUUAGAGUUACCGUUUCACAUCGUUUAUUGCUCGGAAAAUCCAAGAGCAUUGAAAAAUAAAUCUAAAGCUGGCUUGCCUGUGAUUUGGAAGUUGAAUCGUAAAGCUUGGGUGACAGCUUCCCUUUUUGAGGACUGGUUUGGUCAUCACUUCAUACCUGAAGGCAAAUGUUAUUGCCAAUCUAAACAAAUUCCAUUUAAAGUGAUGCUAAUAAUUGACAACGCACCAGGCCAUCCCCCUGCAACUUUAACUAAUUUUGACCCACGUGUGAAAGUUGUAUUUUUGCCACCAAAUACAACCAGUUUGCUUCAACCGAUGGAUCAGGGAGUCACCAAAACAUUCAAAGCUUAUUACACAAGACGAUCGUUUGCACAUUUGCAUGAAGCUAUGAGACAAAACAAUGAGCUCUUUGUUAAAGACUUUUGGAAACAAUUCAAUGUUUUAGAUGCAGAGAGAAUCAUUGGACAAUCUUGGAAUGAAGUUUCACAAAAAACUUUAAAUGAAGCAGAAUCAGUGCCAGAGCCUGAUGAAAUUGGUAAUGUGAUUGAAGAAGUUGUAGAUCUUGCCAGGCAAAUAAAUUUAGAAGUGGAUAGUGAUGACCUUCAAGAACUGCUGGAUUCCCACAAUCAGGAGCUGACAAUUGAUGAGCUCAUAGAAAUGCGUGAGCAAGAGCAAGACAUUGAAGAACCUGAUUCUUUAGACCCAGUUCAAUCAGAAGAUAGAAUGAUGGUUGGUAACUUGACAGAUGGCCUCAGUUCAAUUGAAAAGGGGUUACAAAUUUUAGAAAAUAUAGACGCCAAUGAAGAGUGUAUUUCUUCUACAAAAUGA